CUUAGUCUGCCGUCCAUACCAAUAUAUGCACUGGAGAUACACAUCAAUGCCAUAAGCCAGCAAUUAUGCGCUGCGACCGUAAACAGCUGGUGCCGGUGAUCGUUCAACACAAUAAUCCCUCGGUCACAGUUCGGGCGACUGUUGUCUGAUGAAAAGUUCAACGGCUUGUUUGAAGUCUCUCCACCAACAAUCUCGAACGUCGCAUUUUCGAGAUCGCAGAACUCUGAGCACGACAGAGGUGAAGCGAUAUCCUCAAUCCAAGCGGUCAGAUCUCGCGGAUGCGAGAUUUAUCAUUCGGACAGGGCGACGGAUCCAGAACACAAUAUUGAGGACACUGGGAGUCUUGAUCCACGAUACGAAGGUCACGACCUACGUGGGGAAUCGUCUCUAAACUCCCCUCCCUGAAAAUGCGAGACUGAAGCCAACGGGGCUAUGGAGCAAUGUAAUCCGAAAAUGUGUAGGCCAGUGCACUUGCAAAAACCGCAGUUCACGCCUGAAGCGGCCCAGUCCUCUACAACCGCCUUUGCUGCAAAUUCUGUAGCGAUGAGAGUUCCGGAAGCGGCUGUACAGGUGGGAACCCACAAAAUAGUAACGACGUGUGAGUUCGAGCACCUCUAUGUUGUUGAAUUCACGAAGGAUGUCGGGAAACAAAAACGGCCCGUCGACUUUGAUCCCACCGACCUGGCCAUCAUGGAGGCAGCGAACGGACGUUGCGAGCGGAGAGAGCGGCGAAACGCCGUCGUCUCCUGCGCUAUCCGAGCAUCAAGUCUGAGAGCGUCUGGGAGCUGCUUCUUGAACAGGACUAUGCAAUUGCUCCAUGACAUGAAAAAGAACGAGCCGACGCUCAGGAAGGAGCUUACGAAGGAGCCGGUGACGAGGAUUGCAUCGGCAAGGAGAACACUGAUUUGGUUGCAGGGCUCGGAGGAAGAAAAUAUUUCUCAUAUCGCAUUUUGCGGCGAGGGGCCUGGGAUACGGGUGCGCGCCAACCAGAUAGAGCAAACGAAAAACAAUGUCCGCAUGGGCAAUGGUUUGUUGGGUGUGACCAUCCAGAGUCCGAACUCCCGCAGCGCUAGUGCGAGGCGGGAGGAGGCGGGGCACUACCGCAUAUGGAAAACAAGGGUGGCUGUGCAGUCCGGUUACCAAGCCACCGCGCGCCGUUGCAUUUCGAAUUUAAUCUGGUGAGGCGGGAUAAUUCGAAAUUGGCGGAAUAUCA